AGUCUUCUUCCUGACUCUGUCGUACACAGUCCUCCAUCUUAAACUGCUCUCCCAGUUUCUAUUACGUAAGCGAUUGAAUCUUUCAAAUUUGUUUCUAAAAAUUCAGACAAUCGUCACAUGUCAAUUCAAUUGUCAUCUGACAGCCAAAAUCGUUUCAAAUAUAUUUUAAAAAAUGGUUGAAUCUAACGUGUUGGACCUCGUUUCCCAAGCAGUAAGUCGAGGUUCGAUCGCCGAAUUAAAUCAACUACGCAAAAAUUACAAUUGGAUAGCGAUACCUAUUCAUUAUGUAACCCAGUCUUUGGGCCAAGAAACCGAAACGGCCCUGCAACUGAGUGUCAGAAACGGACACUACGACGUCGUCGAGUUCCUAGUCGGUGAAUUGAAAUAUCAAAUUUAUCCCGAAUGGCUGAAAUCGAUCGACACAGCAGUCCCGUCUAAUUUCAACUGGACGAGUUUGAAUUUCAACAAAAUUCUUCCACCGCUCGUUGUCCAGUCACCAGAGAUGGAAGUCAUCCGCGAUAUCGCCAACCAAAUUCCAAUCAUCAAAGUCCUUGAAUAUCUGAUCGAUCCGGCCAGCGACGAGCCCUGUCAGUGGCUGGAAUUUGUCUUGAAUUCGAUCAUGGCCAGUUCGGCCAGCCGGACGGACAAGAUCAUGGCGUUCGAACUGAUGGGCGUCACCUUCGUCUUCAAGCCGAGAAACGGCGUCUGGAGGGGAGUCCAGUGCUGGGAACAGGCCAUGGCCCUUCGCUACUCGACGGUUGGCGAUCAAUCAGCGAUCCCGAUCAUUCCCGAUCUAGCGGCCAGCUCAUUAUUCGUCGAUCGCAAGAAGCUCAUCGCUUCACCAAUGUCUCUCCAGAAAUUCAAAGGCGAAUGGCGACUCCGCUACAAUCUGCUGGACGCUCACACUCAAGCCCUGGCCGUCAGCCAGAGGAUCGUCAAUCAAUGCGGGCAGACGGGUCCUCAUUCGUUCCACCUGGAACAUUUGAUGCGCUACGCUUAUCGCUGCUACAUCCACGAGAAUCAAUUGAAUUGCUCGAUGAACAUUGCGCUGAUGAUCCUCCGGCAAACGGAAGAGUUUCAUUCGAACUCUUCUCCCAACUGCAUCCGCAUCUUCGUCGAAACCCUGGACCUGCUUGUCCAUUGUUUGAAGCACAAUAAAACAAGUGAAGAAUUAUCGUUCGCCAAUCUCUUGGUGGUCGUCAAAUUCGGACUGGCCAUUUUGGUGAAUGUCAUGCUGUUGUCGCCCGUCGUUCGGGCGACCAUCGAUCGCUGGCAGUUCAGCAUUCUGGAUAAAAUCCAUCGUUUGAUUACAGAGCAUCUUGGACACUGUCGUAAUAAUCCAGCGGAAAUCCAACAGCUCAAAGAUUGUCUCUCGCCGUAUUUCCGCGCCAAUAAUUUGAAAAGGUUCACCAGUCUUCUUCACUUGGCCAUCAGUAGCAAAGGGACGACGGACGGCCGUCAAAUCUUGCCCAUCACCCAGCUGUUCCUGGAAGCCGGAGCCGAUCCGACCGGAAUCGACACCAACGGCAAAACUCCGUUGCAUCUUUUAUCCGAAAAUCAGGAUUGGUUUCAAUCCGAUCCGGAAUCGUACGAGCAAGUGUUUCAGACCUUGCUGGAUGCCGGAUGCUUCCUCGACCAAUCGAUACGGGUGGACAAAACAUUUCUGAGCCUUUUAAACGACCAGAAAUCCAAAUGCGUUUCGAAAUUCCGUUUCCAUCACUACCUGGAUCCGCUGGUCAAUGUCGUCCUACCACUGGCCUGCAUUUGCGCCAAAGUCAUCCGCCGCAAUCGAAUUUCGUUAGAAGGUCGACUUCCGCCGCAGCUGCAAUCGUUUGUCAGCCGUCACAGCGCCAUGGAUGGAAGAUUACGCAAUAUCUAACAGUGCUGUCUGACAGCGUAGGCCUAAUUCCACGAAAAAAGAAAAUGGAAACCAUACGUAUUAGAUGUGAUUUGGUUUUUUAAAAUAACCUUUUAAAACAAAUAUUGUGAUCUUAAUAAUCGACUGAAUUCAAUAAUGUGCAGAAUUUGUUUGACAUAUAGGCUCUAGCUAGUGUUAUCUCUAGUUUAUUACUCUGUUGUUUGUUUGAGAAAUAAACAAUUAUUGCUAA